ACAGAGUGAUUCAAAAGUUUGCCCAAGCUUUAUUCUCAAUUUUUUUGAAAACUAUUUUUAAGGAAAAUCAACUGAAAAGAACCCAAUUUAAGCUAUAAAGAAAUUUUAAAUUGUAAAGAAUAGUUAAAACAUCUUUAAGAUGUCGGUAGCUUCUUCGUAUCCAAGCCAAAACCCAAAUCAAAAUCGUGGUCCUCCGCCGAACCAACCACAACAACACCAACAAAGGCCUGGACCAUUGCCUCCAAGUCCAGCACAGAUUCAGAAAAUCCUCGACGAAAAUUGUGGCCUAAUUCAGACAAUUCAAGAUUACCAGAAUAUGGGAAAAGCAGUUGAAUGUAUGUCGUAUCACCAAGCUUUACAUCGCAAUCUCGUAUAUUUGGCUCAAUUAGCUGAUUCUUCACAAAACAUGGCUCAACUUUUGCCGCCUCCUCAUGUCUUGCAACAAGGUGGACCUAUGCCUCAAAUGUCUGAACCUCAGCAAAGCUAUAACAAUGCUGUGGCAAUAAAUUCGCAGAUUCCACAACAAGCUCCAGUUCCUCUUCAGAAUUCUCAACAACAGCCCGUUACUUCAGGACCAGUUCCACCGGGUCAAAUACAACCUUCACAUAUUUCUCAACCGUCAGGUCAGCCAUACCGAGCACAAACCCCGAAUACUCCUUCAUCACAAGCUACACCAACUUCACAAGCAACUACAAACUCAGCGCAAGUAAAUCGUUCAUCACCAGGGAAUGUCGCUCCAGGAUCAGUUCAAAAUGUUGUUUCUCAACAACCAGGACCUCCCCCACCACAGCAACAACAGAACACUCCACCACCUUCACAGCCAUCUUAUCAACAGCGCGCUUAUCCUCAUUAUCCUGGUUAUCCUCCCCAAAAUCAGCCUUAUCAGCCAGGUUAUCCGCCAAUGUAUGGACCACCGCCUCCAAAUCAAAACUAUCAAGCACCACCAGGACCUUAUCAUCAUCCUGGAGCUCCACAAAAUCCUCAACCGUAUCAACAUCCACCGGGUCCACAAUAUGCUCAGUAUCCAGGACAACAAACACCUCCUUCAGGACAAUAUCCGGUUCCUGCCAACGGACCGCCCCCUCCAAUGGGAUAUUCACCUUAUCCAGCUCCAGGUUAUCCACAAGGACAAAUACCGCCAAAUCCAAAUCAACCUUAUAUUCCUCCAGGCCAACCGUAUCAACCAUACCCUUAUGGACAACCACCAGUUGUACAGCAGGUCCCACAAGCAAUGGCGCCUGGAUCUAUCCCACCAGGACAACCACAGGCUCCUCCACAGCAACCUCCAGUUUCAACAACCUCUGGACAAGUUCCAUCGACGAGUAGUGGUCCAACAUACAAUAAUAAUCAAAGUCCGCAAUCUCAAGCAACGUCUCCAAAUCCACAAAUUCCAACACCUCCAAUUUCAACUUCCGCACCGUCUCCUUAUGCUCAACAGCCGCCACCACCUGUUUCAGGCACUCCAACUCCACCAACAUCACAGCCAAAUCCCAACUAUCAGCCACCGGGAUCGGGCCAAGCACCAGGAAGUUUUCCACCACCACCAGUUCCAUAUUCUGGACCUGGAGGUCCAGUGUAUCCACAAUCUCCCGGUCAACCUUAUCAACCCAACAGUUAUCCACAUCAUUAUCAACACCAACAACAAGGAUAUGCACCGAUGGGAGGUCAACCACCUUAUGCAGCACCAAAUCCAAAUUAUCAAUAUCAACGUCCACCUCCAGGACAGCAAAACUAUGCUUAUGGUGCUUAUGGACCACCACAAUAAACGCCAAACGAAUGGGCGGUCAACCCAAAGAUCUUGGACGUUAUUAUCGAAAUAUUUGUCGAUCAUCCAUUUAACGACUUACGAUCAUGUGCGAAAAUUUUUACUCCAUUAAAUCCAAUUGUUUCAACAUUUUAUUCUCUUUUCUUUUAUAUUUUAAAUCAUAAAAAAUAUUUAGAAUUGAUAUAGAUUCAUAUGUAGAAACAAUGACAACUUAAAGUAUUUUUAUAAAUGAUUUUUUAUUUUUUUAUUCGUAUAAUUUUUAGAUUAGAUAAUUUUCUUCUUAUUUUUUAUUAUUAAAACAACGAGCGUCAUGUUAUGUUGAUUGAAAUUUGUAAUUUUGUCUUAUAAAAAUUAAAGAAAAAGAAAAUAAAGAAAAUUGUUCUCGGCUUUUGAAAGCAAAAAAAUUGUUUUUAACAUUAAGAACGUUUUCAAAGCUUCAUUGCAGGUAAAGUUGUCUGAUCGGAUUGUCUUAUCUUUUUUUUUGUGAAAAGCUUAAAAUAUAUUUUUAUAAUUUAUUUGAUAAGAAAGAAGGUGAUGCAUACAC